GGGAAGGGUCCCUUUGAGGCGGGUCCAGGAUCCUUCUGCCAAUUCUAUUGGUCUCCUGAAGACCAACCGAGCUCUUCUGGUUGGCCGGCGCACUUCCGUCUCCGCUCAAGGCCCGCCUUCUGUCUGUGCGCUGCAGACAGACCAUGGCCCUGAGAGCAUGCGGCUUGAUCAUCUUCCGAAGAUGCCUCACUCCCAAGGUGGAUAACGGUGCGAUCGAGUUUCUUCUGCUACAGGCAUCGGAUGGCAUUCAUCACUGGACUCCUCCCAAAGGCCAUGUGGAUCCAGGAGAGAAUGACCUGGAAACAGCCCUAAGGGAGACUCAAGAGGAAGCAGGCCUAGAAGCAAGCCAGCUGACCAUCAUUGAAGGGUUCAGAAAGGAGCUCAAUUAUGUGGCCAGGGGGAAGCCCAAAACAGUCAUUUACUGGCUGGCAGAAGUGAAGGACUACAAUGCGGAGAUCCGCCUCUCCCAUGAGCACCAAUCCUACCGCUGGCUGGGGCUGGACGCGGCCUGCCACUUGGCCGAGUUCCAGGAGAUGAAGGCGGCCCUCCGGGAAGGACACCAGUUCCUCUGCUCCACAGCGACCUGAAGCCACCAGAGCAGAAGUCCUUUGCUUUGCUAGGGUCUUCUAUCCUCAGGCCCCCUGAAGAGUGUGCUGCUGUCAGGCUCAUCACAGCAAAGAACAGACGCUGUGGUGAAAUCAGCCAAGGCCUCUUCAAUGGAAGUAAAUAAAACAAAAGAAAAUCUCACCUCAGUGAGUGUGUCAGUAAACUUCAAGCAGCUUCACAGUC